AUGAAAUUCAUGCAACAACAUCCCGAAGGAGUUAAUAUUAUCUGUUUCUCACAAGGUGGUCUUGUUUGUCGGGGCGUGUUAGAGCAAAAUCAACAUAAUGUGGACACAUUUAUUUCAUUAAGCUCUCCGCAAGCCGGACAAUUUGGAGAUACCGACUACAUAAAAUAUAUUUUCCCGCACGUUCUUCGCGACAAUGUGUACAAGAUAGCUUACUCUAAAGACGGUCAAAAUAUAUCAGUCGGAAAUUAUUGGAAUGAUCCGCAUCAUCAGGACUUAUAUAAGGAAAAUUCCAAAUUUCUGGCAGUGUUAAACAACGACACUUUUAACAUAAACAGCAAAGAGUACAAAGAAAAUUUCCUGCGUCUGAAAAGAUUGGUAAUGAUUGGUGGUAAGGAUGAUGGUGUUAUUACACCGUGGCAAUCAAGUCAUUUUGGAUUCUACGACGAGAAACUAAACAUUGUAGAAAUAAAAAACCAACAGUGGUAUAAAGAAGACAUGUUCGGUCUACAGAGUCUGGAUAAGAUAGGUGGACUGUUUAUACGAGAGAUCGCCGGUGUUCAGCAUACCCACUGGCAUUCUACAUACAGCGUUUAUAAAAAUCAUAUUUUACCGUUCCUCUCAUAAUUUAACAACUGGACCUCUGAUUCCUAUUGAUAAAUGAACAGAACAGAUCAUGUGAUUUAUUAAAUAUCACAAAUAAAU